UCUCCCUCCAUGCUGCGACACCAAACAUGGCUGCGCUCUUGAGAUCAGCCCGGUUACUCAAGUUUUCACCUUCGGGUGUGCUCCAGAUCACCGGGACCAAGCGGACCGGGCCCCCGCUGUGCCGGCUGUUCAGCGGGCCAGCGGCCGGCCGGAGGAGCGGAGUCUACGCCCGGCAGAUCGGCCCCGUGUGGGACAAGGCGUCCAGUUGCGUGUGGCCGCGCGCCGCCGGGUGUGUGCGCCGCUAUGCCGUGGCCACGGAGCAGAAGGACGAGGUCGGCGUCGGGCUGCGGUCCAAGCAGGCGCAGCAGUUCGACUGGGCCCUGACCAAACUGGACAGCUCGGUGAGGAGGACCGGCCGCAUCACCAAGACGCUGCUGCUGCGCAUCUUCCACGACAUCUGCAGGAAAGGUUACCCCAGUGGGAACCAGGCCCUGCUGCUGCUGCGGAGCUGCGGCUCCCUGCUGCCGGAGGUCGGUCUGGAAGAGCGCACCGAGCUGGCUCACCAUGUGUGGGAGAAGCUGCGGGAGCUAGGUGCGCAGUAUGAUGUUAGUCACUACAACGCUUUGCUGAAAGUUUACCUGCAAAAUGAGUUCAAGUUCUCCCCCACGGACUUCCUGGCCAAGAUGGAAGCAGCUAACGUCCUGCCCAACAGAGUGACCUACCAGAGACUCAUCGCCGCCUACUGCCAGAGCGGAGACAUCGAGGGAGCCAGCACCAUACUGGGAUUCAUGAAGAGUAAAGACUUGCCCAUCACGGAGGCGGUGUUCAGCUCGCUGGUCACCGGUCACGCUCGUGCAGGUGACCUUGAAAGUGCGAAGAACAUCCUGCCCAUCAUGAAGAGAGCGGGAAUCGAACCGGGCCCCGAGACGUUUUUGGCCUUGCUCAAUGUGUAUGCGGAGAAGGGAGACCUGGAGGGCAUGAAAGAGACUCUGGAGGCGGCGGAGAGCGCGGACUACGGGCUGAUGGACAGGGACAUCAUGCAGGUCAUCCUGACCCUCACGAGGUCCGGACACAAGCAGCUCAUCCCUGAGAUGUGCGAACGUUUGAGGCACGAGCGAGGUUACGUCCCAGAUGCGAUGAACUUGUGUCUGAACCUCAUCACCUUGGGACACGACGACACGGCGUUUCAUCUGCUGAAGACGUUUCCGUCGCUGCAGUCAGAAAACGGCGGCGACUCGUCCAACGUGGGGAACUUCUUCCUGAGACACUGCGUCACCGUGGGCACGCCCGUGGAGAAGAUCGCCAGCUACUGCAAAGAGCUCCAGGAGUCCGACUUUCACAGUGCGCCGCUCAGCUUCAGUCUGUCCUGCGCCCUGGAGGCCAAGGAUAUCGGUCUAUCAAUACAGCUGAUGAAGUUAUUCAAGGAGCAAAACUUACCCAUAAGGCCUCACUACUUCUGGCCCCUGCUCACUCAGCAACUGAAAGACAAGAAUACUGAUGGCGUGCUGGAGGUGAUGAAGGGCAUGCAGGAGCUCGGCGUUUCCCCCGACACCGAGACGUUAUCCCGAUACAUCCUGCCCGUCUUCCCCAACGCGGCGGCCGCUCAACAAGCCGUGAAGGAUGCGGGCCUCUCCAUGGGCUCGGAGCAGUUCCUGUCCUCACAGGUCCGCUCCAUGGCUGCCAGCGACCUGGCCGAGCUCUACAAGCUGUUGUCCGAUCCCUCCGUCUCGUCGCUGGACAUCGGCGUCUUCCGCAGCAACCUCAUCUCGGGCUUCAGGAAGUCCAGCGACGUGGAGAGCAUGGUGAAGAUCACUGCGCUGCUGCAUGAAGACGAGCGCUUCUCCAAAGGAGACGUGAAGCCGGCGGAGUCCGUAUCCUACUUCCUGUACAAUCUGAUCGACAGCAUGUCAGAAGGGGAGCUGCAGGCGCAGGAGAGCAAACUGCGGAGCUUCUUCAAUCAGCUGAAGGCUCAGAACAUUAAAAUUCCAGUGAACAUCUUUAGAGGCAUUCGAAAGCUGCUGGUGGCUCAGCAGGUUCCGGACCUCAUCAAGGACGUGAUGGAGCUGGUGGACCCGAAAGAGAGAGGGGACGGCGAAUCUGCGUCUAAUUUUGUGCAGGAGUCUGGAGUCAACGGUAAAAUUUUGGCCCUUGAGAAAAAACUGGCGGAGCUGAAAGCGGAGAACAAGCCGGUGGUCUCCAUCCUCAAGCCGCUCAUGCAGACCCUGAGCGUGGAGGAGAAGCUGGAGCGCGCCCUGGAGCUGAAGCAGCAGCACGAGGACGAGAUGACGGCCGGCUGCUACGCCAUCCUCAUCAACCUGUGCUGCCGCCACAACAACGUGGAGGAGGCGAUCAACCUGAAGAGGGAAUUGAGUCGCAAGGACUCGUCCGUGGUGCUGGACGCCAACAAAAGCCUGGCGCUCAUCAAGGCGCUCGCCAUGAGCGACAGGCUGGAGGAGGCUCUGGACAUCCUGAAGGAGAUGAAAGAGAAGGAGGUGGUGCUGAAAGACGCCAACAUCACCACGCUCUUUCACCUGCUCAACUCUGUGGCGACCGCCGGCGCCGCCUCCUCCUCCUCCUCAGCCAUCUCCGCCGUCCAGAGGCUGCUCGACACCGUCUUCUCCCUCGGGCUGGCCAAGCCGUCGGCCAAUCUCUGCUCGCCCCUGAUCACAGCCUACCUGGAGAGCAACGACGUGUCUGGAGCGCUCGCGGCGGCGUUCGAGUGUCAGAAGCGCUACAGCCAGCUGCCCCGCUUCCACGACAUCGUCGUCUCUCUGGUGGAGAAAGGAGACACCGACUCGCUGCAGAAAGCCAUGGACUUUGUGAGUCAGGAGCGGGGAGAGAUGACGAUGCUGUAUGAUCUGUUCUUCGCCUUCCUGCAGACGGGCCGCAACCGCGAAGCUCGCAAGAUUAUUGAGACUCCCGGGCUGAGAGCGAAGCCUGGACGCCUUCAGUGGUAUGCAGAGAAAUGCAUUUCCUCUAACCAGAUGGAGGCCUUGGAGCAGAUGGUGGACAUGACAUCGAAGCUCUUCGAGUGCGACAGAGACGAGAUGUAUUGUUACCUCCUGCGGCUGUGCAAGGAGACCAGCAACUGGCAGAAGGCGGAAGCCGUGUGGACGAAGAUGCAGGAGGAGAACGUCAUUCCCAGGGAGAGGACCCUGCGUUUGCUGGCAGACAUCCUCAGGACCAACGGCCAGGAGGUGCCCUUUGAGGAGCCUGAGACCUGGUACCAGCAGACCGCCGCCCCCGAGCAGCCGAAGCCUGUGGAAACCUCGACCCCGGCGGACAGCGCCGCCCAGUAUCAGGCCCGUGUGUUGGCCCUCUGCAAGAAGGGGAAGGGCAAAGAAGCGCACGCGGUGCUGAAGGAAGCUGGGAAGGCGGGAGUGGUGCUGGGCCCCAGUCCGUUCGACCACACCAUCCGCGCCCUGCUGGCCGAGGGCUCCAUUGAGGACGCCAUGGCGGUCAGAGACAUCGCUCGGUCCUGUAUGCCAGACUUCAAGCUGAGUGAAAUUGCCACUAGUUUACUCAUCAUCACACACAGCAAGAAGGGCCAGGUCAAAGACGCUCUGCAGCACAUGAAGGCGAUGCUCCAGUCGGGCCAGGUGCCCAUGCAGAUCGCCUUCACCAAGCUGGUGCAGGCCAUGGGCAGCCAGGGCGACCUGUCCGGGAUCGAGGACGUGCAGUCGCUGGUCAAUAGCCUCGGCACGAACAUGAACCUGUCCACGAUGCUGUUUGUCAACAACUCCGCCUUGGCUCACAUCCACAACGGGGAUUUGGACUCGGCCGUGGAGCUGCUGGAGGGGGUCUACACCAGCCCAGACAGCACCAACCCCAGCAUUUCCUUCGUCUUCAGAAAGGUCCUGGAAGCCGACGACGACAAAGCCCUAGACAAGUUGAGCGUGAUGGCAGAGCGGCUCGCCAACCACUUUGCCUGCUACAGACCGGCUUCAGACCUCUUCCUCCAGCUGCUGGAUCAGGACAAAGUCGAAGAUGCCAAAUUCAUGCUGGCUCGCUGCAACGCCGUGGCCGAGCAGAAGGAGGUGCUGCUGUCGUACGUGGCGCAGAGGUCUCAGAGCCCCGGGCAGCUGAGCAAGAUCCAGAACCUGCUGAGCCUGAUCCCGGACUUCGCCGACAAGGCGGUCCUGUACUCGUACCUGAUGAAAUGCCACGUUCUGGAUAAGGACUUACCAGCAGCCAAGGCUUUGCAUGAGCAGAUGCAGAAGGAGGGGAUAGCCGCGGACGAGCUGUCGCUCAAACGGCUGGCCGGGCUUUACCGCGAAGCAGGAGAGACGCUGCCCUUCCCCGAGCCCCCGGAGUCCUUCAGGUUUUAUGCAGACAAGCUGAAGCAGAAGUCAAUGAAAACACAGGCGACAACAGAGGAAUAAAGAUCCAUCGCCGUUUUCCCCAUUUACCUACUUCUCUCUCUCGCUCUCUCUCUCUCUCUCUCUUUUUUUUUUUUUACAAGUCGUUUGAGCUGAAAUGUGAAAUGUUGUGUUCUCAGUGUUGGGUGUUCAGACUCUGUCCUCGAUCCGCGAUGCUAUUGAAGAUGUUGAGAAUGUACAGAAGUAUUUAUGCUAAUAAAUGAUGGUAGGAUUCCCAAAGCGUGUUUUUCUUCGUCGAUCGCACUCAGGCCACCGGUUCAGAUGAAAUCCUCCUUCAAACAGCGUUAUGGAAAAUUUUCCACGCCUCUGAUGCCCCUUAGGAGGCCGUGACUAUUCAAUCAACUUUAUUGAAAUGACUCGAUUCAUCAGCAGAAAUAAGAAACCGAUCUGAGAGAAACCGAUCAAUCCAAAACCUCAAAGACAGAAAUAACAGGAGCUACUUUAUUCCACAUGAGCACUUAUUACAUUUCUAUCUUCUCUCGGUUUUUCUUCGCGCUGUAAAGCUCUUAGAUUGUUUAAGAAAGUGCUCUAUACUUUAUUACAAGAACUGAAAGUCUGGCCAGAUUCUUUUCCGAGAAACGCCACAUAUAACUAAAUUUGUUCUUCAUUAAACUGAAUGAUUCUUGUAGAUGUGUAGAUAAACCAAGAUAACAAAGCGCUUUAGUGUUAGUCUGUAUUUUACAGAGAAAAAUCAUUUUUAUGAACACUG